AUCGAUAUCCGCGCCCAGGACUUGUUCCACGACGACUAUACGCGAUGGACGCGCUCAAGGAAGAGAUCGAUAAACAGCAGACGCUCUUCAACGACCUCAGGGCGCAGAAGGCGGACGCCGCGACGCUCGACGAGGCUAAGAAGCGCCUGGCCGACCUCAAGAAGCAGCUCGGCCAGUCAAAGGCGGCGGCGGGCGUGAAGGAUGGGGGAAAGAAGCGCGAGCGGCUGCUGCUCAAGACGGCAAAGGGCACGCGCGAUUACGGCCCCGGGGAGAUGUUCUGUCGGGAGCACAUCGAGAGGAUAGUGCGGUCCGUGUUCACCGCGUACGGCGGCAGCUGCGUCGACACCCCUGUCUUCGAGCGCAAGGACAUCCUCACCGGCAAGUACGGUGAGGACUCGAAGCUCAUCUUCGACCUCAAGGACCAGGGAGGGGAGGAGCUCGCCCUGCGCUACGAUCACACUGUCCCCCUCGCUCGCUACCUCGCCAUGAUGGGCGGUAACAACACGCACUCCAAAAUCUACCAGCUCUCGAAGGUGUACCGGAGAGACAACCCCGUCAUGUCGAAGGGACGUAUGCGCGAGUUCUCCCAGGCAGACUUCGACAUCAUUGGCCAGUGGGACACCAUGAUUCCCGACGCUGAAAUCAUCAGCGUAAUAUGCUCUGUCAUCUCGAAGCUGGACGUCGGAGACUUCACGAUCAAGCUCAACAACAGAAAAAUUCUGGAUGGCAUCUUCGAGGUUUGCGGCGUACCGGAAGACAAAAUCCGCCCAAUAUCAUCUGCCGUUGACAAGCUUGACAAAGCACCAUGGUCAGAAGUACGGAAGGAGAUGACGGAGGAGAAGGGUCUCGACGGUGCUGUGGCCGACAGAAUAUGGGAGUACGUCCAGCACAAAGGCGGUCCAUCAUUACUCGAAACGCUUAGGGCAGACGAAAAGCUCAUGGGCAACGCUCGCGCUAAAGAGGGUGUUGAGGAGAUGGGUCUCCUCUUCAAGUACCUCGAUGCCUACAAGCUUGUCGACAAGAUGUCCUUUGACCUUUCCCUCGCUCGAGGCCUCGACUACUACACCGGUGUCAUCUACGAGGCCGUCUGCGAAGCCUCCGCACCGCCCGGUUUCACUGCCUCAAACGCCCUCGCUUCCGGAUCCGCCUCUGCCCUCAGCUCCUCCACCGCUCCCAUCACCGGCAACACCUCCACAAAGAAGCCUAAGAAGGCCGCCACCGACGGCGAGGAAGAUGAGGUCGAUGAGUCGACGGUCGGCGUCGGGUCUAUUGCCGCGGGCGGCCGGUACGACAACCUCGUCGGGAUGUUUACGGCUGCGGCAGCCGGGGAGGGUAAGAAGGGACUAAACAUGCCGUGCGUGGGCGUGGCGAUUGGGUUGGACCGCAUCUUCUCGAUCGUGUGGCCGAAGUGGGUGGAGAAGGGAAUGCGGAGCAAGGAGACGAUGGUGUACGUGAUGGCGGCGGGCGAUGGGCUGCUGGUAGAGCGGAUACGGUUGGUGCAGGAGUUGAGGGAGGCAGGGAUCAAGGCGGACUUCUUGAUGAAGAACAAGCCCAAGUUGCCUGCCCAGUUCGCGGCCGGCGAGCGCGACGAAGCGCCCUUCGCCAUCAUCCUCGGCGAGAGCGAGCUCAAGGAGGGUCUCGUCACCGUCAAGGAACAGGCCUGGGAGUUUGUCGAUGGGAAGAAGGAGAAGAAGAAGUCAAGCGACAAGGGCACGCAGGUGAAGCGCGCGGAGCUGAUUGACUGGAUCAAGAGCACGAAGGUGUUCAAGGACUGGGACCUGGGCAGGUUGAUCGUAGAGGCCAGCGAGACGCAGUGAAGACACGAAGUAUCGGCUACAUAAUGUGUAUAUAUACGGUGUACAUACAGUGCUCUCUCCUGCUCGUUGGAUGACCUGGAGUCGAGAUAACUAGAAAGGUCCGCGGAGAUGGCUGUGCGCGCCGAUGUGGCGUAAGCGCUCGUCCGUGAUCAAUAUCUUGUCUCUGACCACCGUCUUUCCGGACGUCCUUCUACGCCAUCUGCUCUCCUCUCUAUUCUCUCUGA